UGGUUGGAGGUAAAGUUUGAAUACUGACAGGCGAAGUUUUAAUACUUGUAUGCAGUUAUAGUCUUGAAAAUAAAUAUAGUGGAGAGAGUUGGGGUUAUGGGGAACUCUAACGGAGCCGAGGGAGGAAAAAGAUAACUUGGAUGGAGGGAAUGUGUUUUUUCAGUGGAGUCUUUUCAGAGAGUUGUAAGGUUAAUAAUGUCUUUUAGUGGAAGUUGUUAGAAAAGGAUAUCAGAUAGCAAGUUAGAGGGUGGACGGGAGUCAUUAAGAAAAUGGUGAAAACUGAGAAGAAUUAUCUUCAUUUGGAGAGUCCUGUACAUCUCAAAUUGAGCAGAGGAAACAACCACAGCUGAGGGGUCUGCCUACUGCUGUAGUUCAGUACAAUGAAUGGAAAGGUGGAGCUUUAAUUGCUGUUAGCUAUGAGGCUAGGGAAUAUGGUGUUAAACGUUCCAUGCGUGGUGAUGAAGCUAAGAGUGUAUGUCCACAAAUUCAGCUGGUCCAAGUGCCAGUUGCACGUGGCAAAGCUGAUCUUUGUACAUAUCGUGAUGCAGGCUCAGAGGUUGUCUCAAUUCUUGCUAGGAAGGGUCGAUGUGAGCGAGCAUCAAUAGAUGAAGUUUAUCUUGAUCUUACUGAUGCAGCAGAGAGCAUGUUAGCAGAAAGUCCUCCAGAGAGCUUGGCCGAAAUGGAUGAGGAGGCUCUUAAGUCACAUAUUCUUGGUCUUGGUGAGAAUGGCACUGAUGUCAAAGAAAACGUUAAAUCUUGGCUGCGACGGAGUGAUGCCGACCAUAAUGAUAAGUUGCUGUCUUGUGGGGCCCUUAUUGUUGCAGAACUUAGGAAGCAUGUCCUGAGAGAAACUGAAUUUACAUGCUCUGCAGGGAUUGCUCAUAAUAAGAUGCUGGCCAAACUAGCUAGUGGCUUGAACAAACCUGCUCAACAGACAAUUGUGCCAUCUGCAUCUGUUAAAGAGUUUCUUGCGCCCUGGCCUAUAAAGAAAAUGAAACAGCUUGGGGGAAAGCUUGGAGAUUCCUUGCAAAAUGACUUAGGGGUUAACACAGUUGGAGACCUGUUGCAGUUCUCAGAGCAGAAACUCCAAGAACGUUAUGGCUUCAAUACUGGAACUUGGUUGUGGAAUAUUGCGAGGGGGCUCAGUGGAGAAGUGGUUAAGGGUCGGAUAUUACCGAAGAGUCAUGGUUCUGGAAAGACUUUUCCAGGUCCUCGUGCCUUGAGGUCGAUGGACACAGUUUCACAUUGGAUCAAGCAACUAUGUGAAGAACUUAGUGAGCGUCUUCACGUGGACUUGGACCUUAAUAAGAGAAUAGCUCACACUCUUACUCUUCAUGUGAGAGCAUACAAGUCAAGUGACACAGAUUCCCAAAAGCGGUUCCCAUCUAAGUCAUGUCCAUUGAGAUACGGGACUUCUAAGAUUCAAGAGGAUGUUCUAAGCAUGUUUCAUGCUGGUUUACGGGAAUUUAUGGGCGUAUUUGGAGCCAAGAGUGACAAAAAUCAAAACAAUGGAUGGGGAGUAACUGGUCUCUCUAUAUCAGCAAGCAAGAUUAUUGCUCUACCUCAAGGAACUUGUACUAUCAGGAAAUUCUUUCCUAGUCAAUGUGCUGUCACUUCUACUUCAUCAGAAGAUGCAAAUAAUGAACCAAUGGAUGAAUGGAUGCAGUUUCCAGAGGGAAACUGGAACUCAGGAGCUAGUGUGUUUGUUGGAAAGGAAGAAAACACUAUCAUGCAUGACAUAUCUGGUUUUGAUCAGACUGAAGAAGAGAAAAAUUUUCAGAAGGAGAAGGCAACUCAUUCUUGCUCAUCGUUAGACCAGAAAACUCAUUCCUGCUCGUCGUUAGACCAGGCAACUGUUGAUAAUACUUGGCAAUCAAUAAGAGAAGGAAACAAAUGUUGCAGGGAAAUAGUCCAAGAUGAGCCACCAUGUAAGUUUCAUGAUAAAGAGACUGCUCUCUUGACUGCCAGUCCUGCUCCAAAGAUGCGUCAAGAAGUGAAAAUUUCAAAAUCAAAGGGCACACCUUCAAUCUUGGGGUUUCUGAAGAGAUAUGAACAUCCUUGCUUCCAGUCGACACAUGAACCAAAUGGAAUAUGCCAGGAAAUCCAUACGUCAACGUCUUCUGGUAACAGUAUGCACCAAAGAGAUCAUAAUGCGGGGAAUGGGGAAACUUGGAGCUACAAUGCUCAUGAAAUCGAUCCAGCGGUGUUUAAGGAGUUGCCACCAGAUAUCCAGGAAGAACUUCGUGGCUGGAUGCGACCUCUGAAGCAGCAUCAUUCAGCUAAGCGUAGCAGUAUUACUUCCUAUUUUUUACCGUCAAAAGGUUCAAGCUAGUAAAGUGUGCAUUGAUCUACUUAUCGCAGUUGUCUUCUUUUGUAAAUUAUUGAAGUACAAAAUAACUUCGAACACACUAGGAAAUUGAAGCAAAGAAUUUGGUGGGAUUCAACGUCAAGUCAAGACGAGCUUUAGGAGCCACAAUUACGACACUUUAUCAUUGCUUGUAAUAUUUUUGCUUGUGCUUAAUGUUCUAAUGCAUGUUAGUUUAUGAAUAUAUAGUUUGAUUGAUCUCAA